UUUCUCUCCUCUCUCUUUUUUCGGAAGCAGUGAUGAGCAGUACACGCAGAAGCAUUUGAAACCUGUGGCCUCAUUCUAGUUUAGCCAAAAUAUCUGAAUAUUGACAUUGGGUAUUUGAAGAAAACCUAAAGGUGCUCAGCUCUGAACGUUUUCUAAUUUUUCCAGAAACGAAGCAGAAGAUUGAGCUGCUGAUGUCAGUUAACUCUGGAAAGUCGUCUUCUUCAGAAAGGCCAGAGGCUCAACAGAAAGCAUCUGCAGGUCCUCCCCCUCCUCCUCCUCCUCCACCUCUACCCGAUCAUGCUCCUCCACAACCUGAGGAGGAAAUUUUGGGAUCGGAUGAUGAAGAACAAGAAGACCCUGCUGACUAUUGUAAAGGUGGUUACCAUGCGGUGAAAAUAGGGGACCUGUUUAAUGCAAGAUACCAUGUAAUUAGGAAACUCGGAUGGGGACAUUUUUCUACAGUGUGGCUGUGCUGGGACAUUCAAGGGAAGAGGUUUGUUGCCAUGAAAGUGGUAAAGAGCGCUCAGCACUACACAGAAACCGCUCUGGAUGAAAUUAAGUUACUGAAGUGUGUGCGAGAAAGUGAUCCCUGUGAUCCAAACAAGGACAUGGUGGUGCAACUAAUCGAUGAUUUCAAACUUUCAGGCAUGAACGGCAUACAUGUCUGCAUGGUGUUUGAAGUGCUGGGUCACCACCUUUUGAAAUGGAUUAUCAAAUCAAAUUACCAGGGACUUCCUAUUCUUUGUGUAAAAAGUAUUAUUCAGCAGGUAUUGCAGGGUUUAGAUUAUCUACACAGCAAGUGCAAGAUUAUUCACACAGACAUAAAACCAGAAAACAUCUUAAUGUGUGUAGAUGAAUCCUACAUUCGACGAAUGGCUGUUGAAGCAACAGAAUGGCAAAAAGCUGGUGCUCCACCACCUUCUGGUUCAGCAGUGAGUACUGCUCCACAGCAGAAACUGGGAGGAAAAAUGUCUAAAAACAAAAAGAAGAAGCUGAAAAAGAAGCAGAAGAGGCAGGCGGAGCUGCUGGAAAAACGUAUGCAAGAGAUAGAAGAGUUGGAGAGAGAGGCAGAGAGGAAGAAGAUGGAAGAGAUUUUAACAACUGUUACACCAAAUGACCAGAAAGGAGAGAAAAUAGAUGAGCUGAAAGAAACAGAGAUAGAUCAUGUGGUAGAUGAGGAACAACCUAAUGAAUGCAAUGAGGUUGAUAAUCAGGAAGAAAAGGAAGAUACAGAGAAAGAAAAUGUGGAAAAAGAUGAAAUAGAAAAUGUGGUUACCAGGACAGAGCUGAAAAGUGAUGAAUCACCAAAAACAAAUGGACAUGUUGAAAAUGGUCCAUUUUUGCCUGAUCAGCUUUGUGACGAAGAAGAAGAAGAAGAGGAAGAUGAUGAUGAUGAUGAGUGUCCAAAUACAGAAGAGAGUCCUGUUGAUGGACCAAAUGCUGAAAGUUUAGCCUAUAGUAACCCUUAUGGACAGUUUAAUGGAGAGUUGCAAAACGGACAGGAAAAAAGCCCUGAGGCUGAGUUCUCUCAAAUGUCUGAAUCUGUGUUUUCUAAGCUUUUAGAAUCUGCAGCUUGUGGAUCAGAUGGUUCAACAGUGAUUGAACGAGAAGACAGUAGUCCAUCUCAAGACAGGAGCAGAACUGUGUCUGCGUCCAGCACUGGAGAUGUACCAAAAAUAAAAGUUCGAGCAGCGGAUUUGCUGGUAAAUCCACUUGAUCCAAGAAAUGCAGAGAAAAUUAGAGUUAAAAUAGCUGACUUGGGAAAUGCUUGUUGGGUUCAUAAGCAUUUCACAGAAGAUAUCCAGACAAGACAGUAUCGAUCGAUAGAAGUUCUGAUUGGUGCUGGCUAUAGCACACCGGCUGAUAUAUGGAGUACUGCCUGCAUGGCCUUCGAACUUGCAACUGGAGAUUAUUUAUUUGAACCUCAUUCUGGUGAAGAUUAUUCCAGGGAUGAAGAUCACAUAGCUUUGAUCAUUGAACUGCUGGGGAAAAUCCCUCGAAAGUUCGCAAUGUCUGGGAAAUAUUCCAAGGAGUUUUUCACCAAAAAAGGUGAACUACGACAUAUUACAAAGCUGAAACCUUGGAGCUUAUUUGAUGUUCUAAUAGAGAAAUAUGGAUGGCCUCAUGAAGAAGCUAUACAGUUCACUGACUUCUUGCUGCCCAUGCUAGAAAUGGUCCCUGAGAAACGUGCUUCUGCGGCAGAAUGCCUCAGACACCCAUGGCUUGGUUCCUAGCAGCAUUUGCCCACUUUCCUCAAGGAGCCAACGAUCACUCCAGUGUUCAUCGUGGACCCAGCAAAGUGGCAAACUCUCAAACAUCAUGGGUGUAAAUCAAAUGGCUCCAACACCAGACCAUUGUUCACUCUGAAGUACUGUUAAUGUUUGAAAUUUUGCUUUUGUGCACUGUGUUUUUGGGAAGGGUAGUUUUUGUCCUUAGCGAGAGGUAGUUGGCCAAACUGACUCUGCUGAAAACACUUAACAUGUCUUGAUGCUUUGUUUCUUGUGUUGCCUGACCUUCUCAUGUUAAAUUUCCUAACUGAAAGUAAUUAUAAAAAUGUUAGUUUUUUCAUGUGUUUGGAUAUUUUUUGUACCUAUUUAUGAAAAUUGUUUUAGCUGAUGAGUAUUAAUAUUGAAUGACAAGAUGAUAAAGGCAAAAAGCUACUGAUCAAGUAAGGAAGUAGCUGAGAUAUUGCAAAAUGCUGUACAAUUGUAUCCAAUAGGAAAGAAGUGUUAUUCUUGUAAAAUCUGUAGAUUUUCCUGUAAAAAUAUCUUUCCAUAAAAUACAGAAAUGGGACUUAAACUGUAAUGUGGCUAAGAGAAUGCAUGUUUUUUUUGGAGCUUGUCUACUUAAAAGGAGACUGUAAAUUUUACAUUUGUUUCCUCAGUUAUUGUUCUAUUGCUGAAUCCAACCAUGCCUAUAACCCUCCGAUUAGUCCUAAAACAGGUUGUUAAAAGAGAUAAGUAGCCAGUCCUCAAGUAUACUUUGUAGUCAUUGCAAAAAUUCCUUAAUUGUCUUUCCUUAUUUAUGAAAGCAUACAUAUAAGAAUGGACCCGGCAAAAAAUUUGGCAUUACUUUAUAAAAAUAUUUCUUUUUAAUUAUUCUAUCUUUACUGUGCUUCAGCAUUGUAAGAUAUAGGUCCAAGGAAAAGAUUUAAGUACUUUCCUGUAGUGAAGCUGGCAAAAAGGAGUAAAAAGGAAAAAGUGACUUUUUUAUGUGCAGAUUUACUAUUUUGUCACAAAUUUAUAUGUUAAACUAUUUUGCCAUGUCAGAAUGCAGAAAUGAUAAAGUCAUUGAUAAGAAUGUGGACAUAAAAAAGGACAUAAUUAAACUUAUUCAAAACAAUUUACAAUUCAGCAAACCCCACAGACUUUAGCAUAAAAGAAAAGUUGACCUUAGUCUUUUAACAGCGUUGCUUUCUCAGCAUCAGACAGUGACAUAACAAAUUGCACUGGUCUUUGUAGCUUUUUCAGGGAUUAACAAUGUAAAUAGGAAGUAUUUUUUUUAAUCAUACAUCUAAGCAUUGCAUUCCUGAAAUGUAAGUUUAAAUGUUUCCUGAAUUGCUGUGUGUAAUGAAAGACUUAUUAGGUAGCAGAAUGUUGUGGUCAAAUGCUAUUCUGGCAUGUUCCAUCUCAUUGCAUUUUCUACUUGUCAGGUCUUCAGUAGUGCACUAGACAGUCAAUGAUGUGAAAGUGAACUGGCUAGUUUCUUUCCUAUUUUCCACAUUAAUUAUGGUGCCACCAUUCCUAAAUCUACCACUUGCUGGUUUAUCCAUCUGCCUUUGCAAUAACUAGAUUGUGGAAAAAAAAAUUCUGGUAUUGUAAUAAUAGCCAAUUGUUUGAGGUGCUUGUAA